AUGGGCAGCGAGGCGACGGCUUGUCCUUGGGACCAGCCUGGCGCCGAUCGGAUGAUCGGGUCGGAGUCGGGUUCUGCCGGGGACGUCUUCGUGGUCAUCAACUUGCUGCCUCAAGAGGUGGAGGUCUUUGCUGAGUACCACCAGGACUUCAUCGCCACACUAGAGGUGGUGAGCGCAUACCGCCACUCCUACGACGGCUUGGCAAAGGUGUGGCCGAAGGCCCUGUAUCGGCAAGUGGUCUUGCUUGGCAACCGCCUGUACCUGCACCUCUUCUUGCAACAUUUGCCCCUGGCGCAGGACUGGCUGCACGCCAUCGUCCAGCUUUAUCUGGAUGAGCCAUGCCCGGAGCAGUUCUCAGCGCGGAUGAUGCGCAUGAAGCAGUUCCUCAGAGAGGGGGUGCAGAACUUGGAGACGCGGUACCAGCUCGCGCGGCAACUGGGCCAGGGCUUCUCGGACAUUGCCAUCGAGACAGCCUCUCUGGUCUACAUGACCUAAGGCUCUCGCCUGUUUGGCCCAGUCAGAUGAAGAUUCUGAGAGUGUGCCUUAAACUGGGGGGUUUUGACACGUUCGGGGCCUACUCAUCCGAAGAUGGAUGCACGAACAGGCCUAGGGCAACCCCUGAUAUUGAUUUUUCUCAGUAGGGAGUGGGAAUGGCGCGCCCAACCAUUCCGACAGCGGCCGCUACAGAGUGAUUCCCACAUUCCC